AUGUUCAAGAAGAAAGAUAAGGAGAGCAAGAGACAGCUCAUCGACAUUGUCAAUAACAGAAACAACUUGAACCGUUGCGGUGAAUGUGCUGCAGAAUACCCGACAUGGGCCAGUUGGAACUUGGGUGUUUUGCUCUGUGGAAGAUGUGCCAAUGUUCAUAAGAAGAUCUUGACUGUAGAUGGGCCGCUGGGAAGAUCCAUUUCGAGAGUCAAGUCCCUUACAUUGGAGCAGUGGUCCGAUGAACAGAUUGACAACUUGCGCCGGAUUGGCAACCGCAAGGCCAGAAAUAAGUGGAACCCCAAGAGAGUGCCAUUUCCAAGUGUCGAUGAAGACGAGGAGGGGCCUGUCGAGGAGUAUUUCCGAGAAAAGUACAUCGAGGGCCGUUUCAGAGACGAUAACAUCGAAGGCGACGACUACGACGACCCCCGGAGUGCCCGCUACUCAGACCACAGUGGUCUUCUGACUCCAGCCGGAAGAUCCCGUCUGUCCACGGUGACAAGCCGCAUGAACCUCCCUCGUUUGACCCACAGAAAGCUCACCAGCUACGAGCAGACACUAUACCCAACGCAGCUCCGCCAGCUCACGAAUAUGGGCUUCAAUGACCGCGACCUUGCGUUGGAGAGUUUGAUCUUGGCCCAAGGUGAUCGCGAGCUAGCUCUAGAUAUCUUGGAGAAUGAUGUCAAGGUCAAUCCAGGCAAAGUCGAACUUGCGCCCGACUUGCCUCGCCGUCCUCGUCCUGCUCCUGCUAGUGCUGGAGGAAGUACCAACGGUUCGUUCACAGCUCCUACAAGCCAGCCUUCCAGCACGGGCACUCCCGAUUGGUGGAACAACACGCAGGCGUUGCUGGCCCAGCAGACGACAAUGCAGCCUCAGCAGGGCCAGCCUCAAAUCUACCAAUACACUGACCCUGUCACUGGUCAGGUUUCCUAUGUGGACGAGCUGGGCAACCAGUACUUGGACCCCAACAAUCCUCAACACCAGCAAAUGCUCAUGCAGCAGACGAACCCUCAGCUUGUGGCUCAACAGACAGCAAAGCAAAAUAUCAUGUCGCUCUACGGGCAACCCACAGGCCAGGCUCAACAGCAGCCCCAGCAGCAGCCCCAGAACACGCAGCAGAACACACAACAAGCUCAAGCUACAGGAUUCCCUAUGGGCCAGCAGCAGGGACAAUUUAACCAAUUCGGUCAAACUACGGGUGUGCCUCAGCAGGCGACCCAAGGCAUGUACGGUCAGCCCCAGCAGGGCUAUUUCCAGGCUCAGCCCAACUUUCAGUAUGGCCAGCCACAAUACUACGGGUAG